AUGACUCAAAUCCCAAUCGUGGAUUCCCACAUCCACCUCUUCCCAGAAUCCCACCUAAAAACCCUCUCCUGGCACACCCCCACCAACCCCCUCGGCACCCAACACAGCAUAAACGAAUACCGCCACGCAACCCAAUCACCCGCCCUCCUCGGCUUCAUCUUCCUUGAAACAGACCGUCUCUCUUCAAUAAACCCAACCAACCAAAACCACGGCUGGCAACACGCCUUGGACGAAGUCUCCCUCCUAACACGCAUAGCCCUCGGCACACCCAUCCCAGGCGAAGGCCACGUCCCAAGCGACAAAAACCUCUGUCUGGGGAUCGUGCCGUGGGCGCCUGUUCCCGGCGGACCGGAUGUGUUGAGCGCGUAUAUGCAGCAGGUGCGGGAUCGCACUGGGGUUGUUUGGGGGAAAGUGAGGGGGGUUAGGUAUUUGGUUCAGGAUAAGGGUGCUGGGACGAUGCUUGGGGAUGGGUUUUUGGAGGGGUUGAGGUGGUUGGGGAGGGAAGGGUUGGUUUUUGAUCUUGGGGUUGAUGCUAGGUCUGGUGGGCUGGGACAGUUGAGGGAGGCGGUUGAGAUGAUGGGGUUAGUGGAGGGUGUUACGAUUGUUAUUAAUCAUUUGUGCAAGCCGAAUCUUCGUUUGGAGGAUGAUAUUCGGUCUCAGCCUGAGUUCCUUGAGUGGAAGGAUCUUGUGACUAAGAUGGCGACGGCAAGUCCUAAGACUUAUAUGAAGCUUUCUGGGGGCUUUUCGGAGCUUUUACCGCUCGAGGCGGAGUCAGAACCGGAUUUUGGGGCUAUUGUUGAACGCGUACAGCCAUGGACUGAUGUUAUAUUUGAUGCUUUUGGUGCGGAUCGUGUUAUGUUUGGAUCGGAUUGGCCGGUGUGCAAUGUUGGUGGUGGUGGGAAUGAUGUCGCUUGGGGUAGAUGGAGACGUGUGGUGGAGGAGGUUUUGGAACGGAGGGGAUUGUCCGAGGAAGAAAAGAAGGGUGUAUGGGGAUCUGUUGCUUUGCAUGCUUAUGGGAUAGAUAUCUAG